AUGCCGAAUAUUAAAAAUGUACAUUUAUUACAGACUUUCUCCAAGAAAUUUUUAAUUAUAUCGAGUAUGGGACCUUUAACAUUGUAUUUUGCAAAUGAAGAAUUUCGUUAUUUGCCUUAUGUAAUACUUGGAGAAUCCCCUGAGGCAGUGAAGGAAAUAUGCCAAUCACACAUGUAUGAAAUUGGAAAUAUUGACCAUAUUCUAUUAACUGAGGAUUCCAUAAUUAAACAAACAUUUUAUCGUUGUGAUAUUUGGUCACAAACUUAUAAAAUUUUGCGACAGCAAGAGAAUGAAGAUAUAUAUGUGAAAAAAUUGGUUAACUUGUCAGACAGUUUAGUCAUCACACAGUCAAAUCUGUUGCCACCUUUUAAUAUUUUGUACAGAGAUAAAUUUGGGCGAAAAACUUUGGAAGGCUAUGUGGGCAAUUGUGUGAAGACGUUUGCUGAGAGGUAUUCGGCUGAUUUGUUUAUAACAAGCACGGGAAAUGUGUCACACUAUAAAGAACUAUAUGAUUAUGUGAUCCAAGGUUUAACUGAUGUACCCUCCAUAGUGAUUCCCUUGACAGUUGAGGGUUUGUCCAGUAAUUUCUCAUAUCCUUUGGAGUUUAUGGAUGAAUGUUUCAUGAUACCUUUACCCAGAGCGAAACCUAUACAGAGUAUAUUUUUCAAUACUGCACAGUGGCAUGUGUUGCUCAUUUUAGUUUUACUAUCAAUGAUAUAUGCCCUCUUCUUAAAUAUUGGCAAAUUUAAUACCAUACGUCAGUUAUGCCUUUAUAAUGUGAUUUUUAGUGAUAAAAUCAUACGUGGUCUGUUGGGUCAAUCGUUUGUUAUGCCGCAGAAAAUUAAUGGUUUUAUCAAAUAUGUUUAUAUUUUAAUAUUCUAUACCAGUCUAAUGAUCACAACAAUCUAUACGGUCUAUUUAAAAUUUAAUCUUAUCUCACCACCUCUGACGAAAAAAAUUAAAAAUCUCGACGAUAUAAGAGAAGCUGGUCUAAAAGUGGCCGUACAUCCCAGAGAUUUGGAAGAUUGGGAUUAUAAUUUUUACAAAAAUUACCAGGAUAUUUUGUUUAUCACAAGUGAUAAUUAUUUGGAUUUCAAAAAUUUACGUGAUAGCAUGGACUUGCGUUACGUUUAUCCAGUCGACUACCCUAGUUGGACCAUUUACCAAGAGCAGCAGAAAUUAUUUCAACGUAAAUUGUUUUACUUUUCUAAGGAUUUGUGUCUUAGUCAAACGAGUUUAUUUGCUAUACCCAUACGACCCGAUUUGCCCUAUAAGGAGUUGUUGAAUCAGCACUUGUUGGAUGUUCGUGAUACGGGUCUGAUACAGCAUUGGUUCGAUGAAGUUUUUAUAACUUUAAUACGUUUGAAAAUAUUAUCCUUUAAAGAUUUAAGUGCACCGAAUAAUUAUGACGGUUUAAUCCAUUGGCAUGACUUUUAUUGGAUUUGGUUUUUAUAUUGUGGAUGUAUGAUUUUUGCCUUUCUAAUCUUUGUGGUAGAAAGGAUUUCAUACGUUUCAGUAAAACUUUUAACUUAA